AGCAGCCGCACAGACAGCAAGCAGCAAGAUGACGGCAGGGAGUGGGCAGGUCUAUGUAGUGACUGGCGGCUGUGGAUUCCUGGGGUCCCACCUUGUGCGGAUGUUGUUGGAACAUGAAAAAAACAUCAGCGAGAUCAGAGUAUUUGAUCUGCACUUGGACGAGUCGCUCAGGAGCCUCAGUAAUAACAGGGUGAGAGUGCGCCUGAUAAGCGGCGACAUCUCGCAUUUGGACGACGUGCGAGAGGCACUGCAUGGGAGUCACCUGGUUAUACACACCGCCAGUCUAGUGGACGUCUGGGGCAGGGUGCCCGCCAGCAAAAUCAAUGAGGUCAAUGUUACAGGGACGGAGAAUGUGCUACAAGCAUGCAAGGAGGAAGGGGUGCAGUACCUGGUCUAUACCAGUAGCAUGGAGGUGGUGGGGCCAAACAUCCACGGGGACCACUUCUACAGGGGCAAUGAAGAGACAGAGUACAGAAUAUAUCACAAGGAGCCGUACCCACUGAGCAAGGCCAAAGCUGAAAAGCUUGUACUGGAAGCCAAUGGGACGAAGAUGAAAGGUGGGAAGAUGCUCUACACUUGCUCCCUCCGUCCUACAGGGAUCUACGGGGAGGGACACGAGCUAAUGAAGAAGUUCCACCGUCAGGGCCUGAGGACCGGCCGCUGUAUGUUCAGAGCAAUCCCUCCAGCCAUAGAGCAUGGACGCGUCUAUGUAGGUAACGUUGCCUGGAUGCACCUCUUAGCUGCACGCCAACUGCAGAUUCACCCGUCCACCUUGGGCGGCCAGGUCUACUUCUGCUACGACUCGUCACCCUACAAAAGCUACGAAGAUUUCAAUAUGGAGUUCCUGUCAGCAUGUGGUUUCAAGAUGAUCGGAUCCCGCCCCCUUGUGCCUUACUUUCUGCUUUACCUACUGGCCUUGCUCAAUACCCUCUUACAAUGGGUUCUCCAUCGCUUCUUUAUUUACGCCCCCAUCCUUAACCCCUACACCUUGGCUGUAGCCAGCACAACCUUCACUGUCCAGACGGACAAGGCCGAGAAGCACUUUGGGUACCGGCCGCUCUAUGCCUGGGAGGAAGCUAAGAAGAGGACAAUCACCUGGAUAAAGAGCCUGGAAGUGAGGGAGAAGGAUCUAAAAGAUGUGGGAGCAAAGGGCAACUACUGUUGUAACUGAGGGCACCACCAACUAUGUUGGUGUUGACAUGUGGAUAUACUACGUUUAGCUUCUCUAUCUCUGUAGUGAGCACCCAACACCAAGGAACCACAUGGACCUCCAAAGCACAACUAAGAACUUUCAUAACAUCUAUAACCCCAGAGAAAGAGUUCUUCAGGAACCAUCCCACGUCUCGUUUCUCCCUAAUCUUUGGGUCUAAAUAUUACUGGACCAUUAGUGGACCAUACCAUUAUCCCACGUCCCCCUACACCUAAAAAUGCAAUUACCACUAUAAGCAUAAGCCGCAGGUAACAUUUACAAGUAAAUACGCAAACCUUUAAUAGAAAAAGAAGAGGUUGUGAUGGCUAGGGCCACUAUAGAUGUCUCCUAUGAAGUCUAUGAAGGACUAGUGAAACUUCACUGACUGUAGACAAAGAGCUACACGGCUUGCAUAUACACAGUAUGGUAUAUCUUGGGUUCUACCAAGCAUUGGGGGCACUUGCGUACUGUAUAUACCUGUGAGUGAUACAAGGUGGUAUCUUCUCUAGAACCAAAGUGUAGCCUUCAAAGUAGCAACAUGCUACACCUAUGACUACUCAGACAGCUUUAGGUAGAACGUUGCAGUAUUUUUAGUUGUGUUCCACGUAGGUCGGUAGCGUGCAGUAUUAUUUCAGGAUCUAUUUAUUGCCUUCUCAAUAUCAAAUGCCCUUUAUCAUAGGGUAGGGCCCACACCCAAGAGAGGCAGCUAGACAAACAAAGGAUUAAGGACACUUUUAGAUUCUAUUCAACUAGAGUGUGUGCGAAGGUUCAUAGGUGCAGCCGGCCAUUGUAGUCAUUCCAUUAGUGUCGCCUACGAGCCAAAGUAAAUCCUGAGCUUUGGACCGAGGAGCUGCUUACUCUGGGGUUGCUAUUCCGUGCAGUGACUAAGCUAUAGGUAAUUUAGAGUAAUGUCUACAUUUCUAUUUAUACGUCGCAGUAAUAUUAUUUAAUUAUCUAUUUAAUUGUUUCUUUUUACGUCCCGUGGUUUUUAAGGGACUCACAGCAAUAAAAGGAAUGAAAGGCGGAAGGGUUUGGUGUGGCAGUAGAAUAUGGCCACCAGAUAUCAUCUUAACAGUAGGACAUGAGAUUGGAGGGAACUACAGUGAUGAGAAGAGCGUAGAGCGGGCAAGGUCUUCAGAUGAAACCAUAUAGUUGGGACUGGAAGUUCUAAUCACUAAGAACUGAGACUGAGUCCGGAACUGAGACAGUGGUGAGGAACAUCCAUGGUUUGUAAGCUUAGAAUAACUUGAAGGCCUCAUGAUGGACAUUAUUGGACAUGUCUUAAGCACAGUAUAAGGGUAUAAGACGGGAGAGACUGGGAAAAGACUGGAGCAAGUGAAGAACGGACAUUGUAGGAGAGAUCAGAGAAGGUUUAAGUCAUAAAUGUUUACAUUUGAAGGUUAUUGUGAAGCUGGUAGAUGUUCCCUGGAAGGGAGCGAGUCAAGGAGUCAGGACACUGGCAGAUCUUAGGUGCAGAUUCAGACCUGUUUGACUGAAUUGAUAGGCUUGUAUGGGACCAAAUAUAUAUAUAUCUAUAAAUAUAUAUCUCCUUUCCCAUUGGAUAUAUACCUCAUGGAUUCCUCUCCUGACCUCGUGGGGGAGUGACGGUGCAAUAAGCAGUUUUACAGGUGGGUUCUUGGUGAGGAACGUGGCCAAGCCCGGACUGGCAUUCAGAAUAGGUUCUGGCAUUUCAAGUACACAGAGGCCCAAACAGCUAGGGUUGCCACCUGUCCGGUUUUGACCUGGACAGUCCGGUUUUCGGAAGGGCUACCCGGAUUAAAACCUCCUGCCUGGUUUCCCUAAUUAGAAAAACCGGGCAGGACUCGGUUAUACUGACUGCUGUAUCAUAGCCCCGCCCCUGUGAUGACACAGCCACACCUUCUCCCGCGCCCAUGACAUCACCCCUGCCCGGCUUUUGUAGCCGUCAGAGGCAGCAACCGUACAAUCAGCGCCCCCACCAGCCCAAUAAAUAGUCUUACAGCAGCCCUUCUGGCAUUUGCUAGAACCUGAUUGCCAGUCCGGGCCUGAACAUGGAACUGGAUUAGUAUGAAGAGGAGAAUGCACAAUUGCAAACUAAUAAAAUGUGUUUUGAUGUAAGGGACUGUACCAAGCUGGCACACUGUAAGGGCAGGCACAGAAGGGCAUUUGUACCCCCUGUCGGCACACAAUGCUUUCCAGUUUGCCUUAAUAGAUUAUCAGCCUGCUGGGUGGACAAAGAUGGCGGCAGUGACCAGAAUACUGGUCAUUAUCAACUCCAGGUACCACGGUCAGCUGACUUCUUCCGCCCCAAAGGUGAUACAACCCUUUUGUGCAUUCCCUUACGGCUGUAUCUACAAUGUUAUAUGGGGGGGAGUGAAAACAUGUAGUGUCAUAACUUACACUGAGUAAUAAAGUGCAAGUCAAUAUUUAUAAUAAUAUCUACAAUUAAAAAGAUAUAUUUUUAUCGUU